AUGACUGAUCACUCAGAAACUCAGCAACAUUCCCGAACCAAUGCCGACCUCAUGGCCGCUAACGCCGCCAUCCUAGCGAAAAAUCAGCGAAUGGCCGAGCUGUUGGCUGCAAUGCAGAACAAUGGGAAAUGGAAGGUCGAUAGCAAAAAGACAAACGCCGACCAGCACGAAGAGCAUCAGUCAGAGUCCAAUGCAAAGACAGGGGAAACACACCCCAAAUCCGGAAGACGACGAACCAAUCCAUUUUUCAAAGAAAUAAUGAAUUUCAAAAUGCCUAAGAACUUUACACUCCCUAUGAGUCUAACACCAUAUAAGGGGAUCGGAGAUCCUAAAGUUCAUAUCACAAAAUUCGAGUCUAUGAUGUUCCUCAAUAGUGACUCUGAUCCCACCCUAUGCCGAUCUUUUCCAACCUUUUUAGAUGGAGCUGCCUUACUGUGGUUUUCUAACUUGCCUGCAGGAUCUAUAACCAGCUUUGACGAGUUCGCCAAGAUGUUCAUCAACCAUUUCGCGGCAUCCAAAAUUUAUGUAAGAGACUCGGACUACCUCAGAAUAAUUAAACAAGGGCAGCACGAAAGCCUUAAAGACUAUAUGACACGUUUCACGAUGGCGGCCAUGGAGAUCCCCGACCUCAACCCAAAAGUACAGCUGCACGCGAUAAAAAGUGACCUCAGGCCUAGAAAAUUCCAGGAAGCUAUCGUUGUGGCAAAACCAAAGAUGCUGGAGGAAUUUCGAGAUAAAGCAACUGGACAAAUCGAAAUAGAAGAGUUCCGUGAAACUCGGAGAAACGAGAGACCACCGUCCAGGAAGGAAGAAGAAAGGCCGUAUAGGUCCCAAAACAGAGAUCUCAAAAAACCUUUCAAGCUAGUUCCGAAGUUCAAUUCAUACACCAAGUUCAACACUAAAAGGGAAGACAUAAUCAAAGAAAUCCUUCACAAUAAACUCAUAGAACCACCGAGCCAAGCAGGUACGUACCAAGACCAGAGGUACAUUGACAAGACCAAACACUGUGCCUUCGACCAAAAAUUCGGCCAUACCACGGAUGAAUUUAUGGUGGCUAAGGAUACAUUGGAAAGGCUAGUGCGACAAGGUUUGUUGGAUAAAUACAUCGGGAAGCAAGUACGGAAAGAUCCGCCGACUUCGGACUAG